AUGAGGUUCCGAAACAACUUGUCUUCUUUACUCUUGUCAAUUGCAAGCCUUUCUUGCGGUGUGCAACUAGUGUCCGCCCGUGGCCCUCCCCUACGAGAUUUCCAACAAUUCAACUCCGACACCCCGACCUCACAAGUCAUAACUGGUCUUUACGCAGAUAACUCUGCUGAGGCACAAAUUGUCAUUCAUGACGUUAAUGGCGUCCCAUCAUGGUCAUGGAGCGUCGACGAUGCAAAAACCCAGGCUAUACCAGCGGAUCUCCUAGCCUGUAUACAACAACAUACCGCCGUCCCGGAGGCCAAGUGGGCAAACGGUGGUUCAAGCGUCAUAACCAUCUACAACUUUGCGGCUCUCAUGAUCAAUCACCUACCCGGAGACCCCCGCGAUAAACAAAUCACCUUUGGCGUGUGUUUAAAUUGGAAUGGCAUGGAAAACACCCAUAGCCUUGAAGUUGUACCAGACGGCAAAAUUGCGAUAGCGACGACCUGUGAAAGCAACACUGCCAACAUCAGGAUCUUCGACCUUGCUUCGGGAUUACAGGCGCAGAGUAAUCCUGUUGAAGCACUCAACUUUCUACCUGCUGUCCACGGACUUGUCUGGGAUCAAAAGGAUAGCCUGCUGUGGGCUGUUGGCAGUUAUAAUUCUCCUGACGGGACGGCUGAGUCGCGCAGCGCUCUUCAUGCUUACAAGUACGCGGGCGGUGUUUUCCAACCAUCACCUCUAUACUCUUUCAACGUCAGCGCCCCAACGAUUCUGUCAACGGAAUGGAGCGGCACGGAAUACAACGGCUGGUGGGACGGAGGACAUGACCUUAUAGGUGUGCCGAACAAGCGCCAGCUGCUGAUUUCCACGGACUUGGACCUCCAUGCCUUUGAUAUCGAUUCACAAACUUUUGAGAGCGGAGAAGUCGUGGUGGAAAAGUACUUGCCUGGAUUUACACCCGUUGACAACAGAGUCGGAUCGAAUGGACAGGCUCUUCCACGGUCUGACGUGAAGUCCCUCAGUCUAGAUGGGAAUCACCACGCCUUGUACGUGCAGGCAGCUUGGCAGGAAGUCGUUUCAUACCAGAUCAACCGGCUGCAGAAUGGGCAAGCACAGCCUGGUGUGAUCUACAAGCAGCAGCUGUAUCGAUCGCGUUGGUUUGAAGAUACCCCUGCAUGGCCGAAAGCGCGUAUCCCUAGAUGA